AUGUGUCAAGCUUCUGCAUUCAUCUUUUUAUUGAUACUCCAGAGUUGGCAAGGAGCGGCUGCAGCAUCUCACGCCAUCCAGUCUCCGCGACCACGUGCAAAUUGGUUCAAUUCUUUCUGGACCGAUACCGCGGCAAGUGUAAAGUACAAAAAUCUUCCAGAAGGCGCGUACUCUGUUACCUGGAAUGGCACCGGAAAUUUCGUAGGAGGAAAGGGUUGGAACCCUGGUUCGACUUCCAAGGUCGUGAACUGGACAGGUUCCUUCGAACCGAACGGCUACGCCUACCUGACUGUGUAUGGAUGGACAACCAACCCACUGGUCGAAUACUACAUCGUCGAGAACUAUCACCCGGACCACGAGCCCGCUGCGCCCCCUGAGGGUGAAGUCGUCACCAACUUGACCUCAGAUGGUAGUCUGUACUCUGUGCGGACCAAGAUGCGAGUCGACAAACCAUCAAUCAUAGGAACUGCGACGUUCAGACAGAUAUUCAGCGUGAGACAGGAUAAGAGGAGUGAAGGUGUUGUGACGGUCGGCAAUCAUUUCGCCGCUUGGAAGGAAGCGGGAUUGAAGACGGGGACGCAAAACUACAUGGUAAUGGCCACGGAAGGAAACAAUAGUAGUGGAAAGGCAAGCAUUGAGGUCCACUAAGGUGC